CGCUUCAAACUUCCCUGCGACAGCCCAGGGCUGUGGGACAGACGGACGGACGGACAGGCGGACAGCAGAGCCGCGGGUCCGGCCAUGGACCCGGGCAGGUAGAGCCAGGUGAGCUCCGUGUCCUGCUGUCCUGCCGGGACAUCUGUCCGUCCUGCCGCACCUGCAGCUCCAUCCCAGAGCCGAGAUCCGUCCCAUCCCUGCUCACAAACCCAGCGCUGCCGCUCUCGCCGAGAGGGGGAAACUUUUUUUUUUGGCCAAACUUUUUUUUUUAUUUAUUUUUUUUUUCCCUGGCGUUUUUGCUCCGCUUUUUUCACCCGGGAGGAUUCUGAGGCAGAGCAAGGCUUUCCCCCGGACACGGCGGGGAUUGGAAAAGAAGGGAAAAGGUGAUUGAGGAAAGGAGGUGAAGGAAAAAAAUAAACAAAAAAAAAAAAAAAAAAAAAAAAAAAAAAAAAAAAAAACCAAAAGGAGAACUCGGGAAGAAGGGGAGGCGAGCUCAGCCCGCAGGAUGGAGCGGUGAAUGGGAAGAACAAUUCCACUGCCAUCAACAAGUGGCGGCUCCUCGUCCGACCGGAGCUCCCCGCUCCGGCUCUCCCAAACUUGCGGCAGCGAAAGGAAAACUUCUCCGGAGGACUCGGACCCAGCUGGCCCGGGAUGGUGGCCCGGACCAGCGCCCUGCUGGCCCUGCUGGCCCUGCUGGGGCUGCUGCAGCACGGUCUCGCUGAGGAAGAGCAUCUUCAAAAACCAAGGCUGAGCAUUUCCAGGGACCAAAUCAUCAUCUCACCAGGAGACACCCUAAAAAUAAAAUGCUGGGGAGCCCCGUCUGUGAGCUGGCAGCUGAGGGAUGACAACCCCCGUGUCACCGUCAGCGCCUGCCGCGAUGUCCCCGGGCUGAGCUGCAGCCAGCUCAUCCUCAGGAGAGCCAUGGCCAACGACACUGGCUACCUCAGCUGUGCCCCCAGCAGCACCCCCGAGCACCAGGGACCCGUGGCCAGGAUCUAUGUCUUUGUCCAAGACUACAGGAACCCGUUUGUGGAGAUGCACAAGGAGCACCCUGCCAUCAUCUACAUCAUGGAUGAUAAGAAAACAGUGGUGGUGCCCUGCAGGGUCACCUCACCAGACAUCAGACCCAAGCUCACCCAGUACCCUUCUUCUGCAGAGGUCAGCUUCAGGAAGAUGCUGUGGGACCCCAGGAGAGGCUUUGUCAUCCCCUCCCACUCCUUUGUGCCCUCUGGCAUCCUCAUGUGCUCAGCCCACGUCAAUGGCAGCACCUUCAACUCCUACUACGUGGCCCAGAGACUGGAGAGCAGGAUCCAGAACCUGACCCUGAAGGCGAGUGCCAGGAAGCUGCUGGUUGGAGAAACCCUCAGGCUGGAGUGCAGGGCUGAGACCUUCUUCAACGGGCGUGUGGAGUUCAUCUGGACCUGCCCCCGAGGCACACACCCUCACCCCAAGAGAAACAUGGACAGGAGUGAUGCUGUGUACAAAGUGGGCAGCAGCCUGAUAAUUGAAAAUGUCACCAUGGAGGAUGGGGGCCUGUACAUCUGCAGGACAUUCAAUGAGACAGAGACAGUGACCAGGCUGGAGGCCAAUGUCACUGUCACCGUGUAUGAAAAACCCUACAUGACAGUCUCAUACAAGAAAGGACCUUACUACGAGAUCAUCUCAGGACACAAGUCCCUCAAACUGGCUGCCAAGGUGGACGCCUUCCCUCGGCCCAUGGUGACCUGGUACAAGGAUGGCAAACUGAUCAAGGACAACCACACGUGCUACGAGCCAGACCCACUGAAAUACAGGCUGGGAAUCCGAGAUGUGAGGCCAAAACAUGCUGGGAACUACACCCUGGUCCUGAGCAACCCCAGAUACGGCCUCUACAGAAACCUCACCAUGCAGCUGGUGGUGACAGAGAGACCCAAGAUCUACGAAAAGGAAACAGAUUUUGAUAAGGUUGUGAAGGCAGAACUGGGGAGCAAACACAAACUCCAGUGCACAGCCAGUGGGAACCCUGAGCCCAGGAUUGAGUGGAAGUGGCAGCCCUGCAACCUCACAGCCACCCUGUGCAACCCUGAGGGACCAAAAAUUGUGGUUUGGGAGAACAGAGACAUAGGAAACAAGAUCAGGAGCAUCGAGAGCAUCCCCGUGAGGCAGGGGGACAAACAGAAGGUUGUGAGCACCCUGAGCCUGGAGAGCAGCAGCACCUCGGGGGUUUAUUACUGUGUGGCUCUCAACAAGGUGGGCGAGGAGGAGCGCAGCGUCCAGUUCUACGUGUCAGAUGUGCCCUCUGGGUUGCAAACACCCUCCCAAGCCACGGCCGUCGUGGGGACCGACGUGCAGCUCACCUGCAGAGCCUCCAGGUACAUCUACACCCACCUGGCCUGGUACUACCCCUCCUCAGAGCCAGCCCCCAGCCACUCUGUGCUCAGGACAAUGGACAAAUAUUCCAUCUCCCUGAGCCUGCUCCUCCCCAACGUCACGAGGGAGCAGAGUGGGCUCUACAAGUGCCGAGCCCAGAACCAGCACAACAGCACGGACACGCUGGAGCAGCACAGCCAGCUGCUGGUCAGAGCAAAGGCGGCGCCGCUGGUGAUGCAGAACCUGACGGACCUGGAGGUGAACAUCAGUGGCAAGAUCCUGCUGGAGUGCAAGGUCAGUGGCACACCAGAGCCACAGGUCACCUGGAGGAAGAAUGGCUACCCCAUCUCAGCAGCUUCAGGGAUUUCCAUGGAAAACAACACGCUGGUGAUUGAGAGAGUGAAGAAGGAUGAUGAGGGGCUCUAUGAGUGCCAUGCCUCCAAUGACCUGGGCCAGGACAGCACAUCAGCCUUCAUCAGAAUCCAGGGUUCUGAGGAGAAAUCCAACAUUGAGGUGAUCAUCCUGGUGUGCACAGGGCUGGCUGCCACUCUCUUCUGGCUGCUCCUCACCCUCUUCAUCCGCAAGCUGAGAAAGCCUGAUGCCACAGAUAUUAAGACAGGAUACCUGUCCAUCAUCAUGGACCCCGAGGAGAUGCCCCUGGACGAGCAGUGUGAGCGCCUGCCCUACGACAGCAGCAAGUGGGAGUUCCCCAGGGACAGGCUGCGCCUGGGUAAAACUCUGGGUCAUGGUGCUUUUGGGAAGGUGGUGGAGGCGUCUGCUUUUGGCAUUGAUAAAUCUUCAACCUGCAAAACAGUUGCCGUAAAAAUGCUGAAAGAAUGUGCAACUACUAAUGAAUGCAAGGCUCUGAUGUCUGAGCUGAAGAUCCUCAUCCAUAUAGGACAUCACCUGAAUGUGGUCAACCUGCUGGGAGCCUGCACCAAAGCUGGAGGUCCUUUAAUGGUCAUAGUGGAAUAUUGCAAAUAUGGAAAUCUGUCCAACUAUCUCAGAGGGAAACGAGGAGAUUUCAUUGCAUACAAGUCCCAGGAAAACUCUGAGCAAGCAGAGAAAAGUCUGGAUGAGUCCAACAGUGAUUUGACUGAGCUGAUCAAGAGGCGCCUCGAGAGUGUGGCCAGCACAGGCAGCUCUGCCAGCUCAGGGUUUAUUGAAGAUAAGAGUUACAGUGACUCAGAAGAUGAUGAAGAAGAUGCUGAGGAUCUGUACAAGAGGCCCUUGACUCUGGAGGAUCUGAUCUGCUACAGCUUCCAGGUGGCAAAAGGGAUGGAGUUCCUGGCCUCCCGAAAAUGCAUCCACCGGGAUUUGGCAGCCAGGAACAUCCUCCUGUCCGAGAACAACGUGGUCAAGAUCUGUGACUUCGGCCUGGCCAGGGAUAUUUAUAAAGACCCCGACUACGUCCGCAAGGGAGAUGCACGGCUUCCACUCAAGUGGAUGGCUCCAGAGGCUAUUUUUGACAAGAUUUACACCACGCAGAGUGACGUGUGGUCUUUCGGAGUGCUGCUGUGGGAGAUAUUUUCUCUAGGUGCCUCUCCUUACCCUGGAGUGCAGAUCGAUGAGGAUUUCUGCCGCCGGCUCAAGGAGGGGACGCGCAUGAGAUCUCCAGAAUAUUCAACUCCUGAAGUCUACCAGACCAUGCUGGACUGCUGGCACGGGGUCCCCACGGAGAGGCCGACGUUCACCGAGCUGGUGGAGCGCCUGGGGGAUCUCCUGCAGGCCAACGUGCAGCAGGAUGGCAAAGACUACAUUCCACUGAACAUCACCCUGUGCCCAGAUGGAGAAUCCAACCCCAAAACCUGCCCUGUGGAGGAAAACCUGAACAGUGGAGUGAAUCGCUGGAGUGCAGUGGAAACUGGCAACAACAGCAAGAAGAGACCCCUGAGUGUGAAGACAUUUGAUGAGGUGCCAGUGGAGAAGGAGAAAGUGAUGCAUGAGGAGUCUGACAGUGGCAUGGUGCUGACCUCAGAUGAGAUAAAGAGCCCCAAGAGGUUGGAAAUCCGUUCCUGGCCCUAUGGGAUCAUGGCUCUGGCGAGGAGAGCUGUCAGCAGGAGCAAGGAAUCCAUCCUGUCUGAGCACGAGACUGUCAAGUACCAGCCAGCAGUGCAGGUGGAGGAGGACACCAUGGACUUCCCCCUGGAGGACUCUGUCCUGCUCCCCAUGGAUCCCAGCCUGGAAUGCCACAGCCCCCCUCCAGAUUACAACUCUGUCAUCCACUACUCAGCCCCCCCAGUUUAACCAGUGCCCCAGCACUGGCUGCACCUCAGCCUUGCCAGCUUCUCCUGAGCCCCCAGGAGCCUGGCUCCAGCAGAAGGGAGCUCUGCUGGGAUAAAGCUUCACCUGUUUCUUCUGGCACAUCUCAGAUGUGGUUAGAAGCAAUUUAAGAGCAUCUUCCCUCUUCUCUUUAAAGGCCUAUUGCAAGAUCUGCAGUGAGUUAAUAACAUUGUCUGUCUGAGUCCUAGCAGGAGCUGGAACCCUGAGCUGCUGCCACUCCUUCCCUGCCUGGGGCUGUUCUCUGGCACAGAUCCACAGGUUCCUGCAUUCCCAUUUCACUGGGAGCACCAGAUCCAAUCUGCUGUUCCUGACACAUCCUGCAGGGAUGGGAGGGUUCUGUUGGAAACAGCAGAUGAGUGGUUUGGGCUUGGAGAAAAGCUGAAAUUGAAACACCCUUCCUUAACUCAGGAUUUCACCUCCUGUAAAUAUUUCUGAAGUAUUUUGCAAUCCAAGCUGCUUUGGUUGCAAUUUGGAUUUAAUAAUUUCCACUGCCCAGAGGAGGCUGCUGGUGCUGGUGUGCCUGCUCUUUUGGGCCUGCAGGGCACACAGGGUGCUCAGAUCUCAUGCCCUGGGCUUUCCCCUUGUUCAAACAGCAGUUUGUUCUGCAGACAUGCAAUAGGGAACCUUGCUGGAGAUGCAUCUGCAGUGGUUGCAAGGUAAAAUCACUGCCUUAAGUAAGAACCUUCCCAACUCAAUCAGAAUUUCCCAGCUCACACACAUUUGUGUGAAUGUGCAGGAAACUCUCAUUACCAGCAGAGAGUUACACAAAACUCAACACACCCUUGAGGCACCAGCAGGGCAGCAGCAUUUCUGUGUUUCCUUUCUGCACACAGGCUAUUUACUAAAAAAACACACAAAACAAAAAAAAAAAGCAUUUCCUCUGGAUUCUGUGGUGGAUGCCCAAGGGUUUGACCCUAGGGAUACUCUCCCUGCAAGCCCAUGUGACACAUUUAUCUCUGUCUUGCCAAGGUAAAUAUUGGUAUCAUGUGCAAAGCCCUUCCUGGGUUCAGGGUAAUUCAAAGCUGGCUAAAGGAUCACAAAUUCUCCAAUGUGAGACAUUCCCAGUGGGUUUGGCCCUGCCCCUCUGUGGCAGGUGUGCCCUGUGCACCAUCACAGCAACCUCACAAAUCAGUAAAUAAUCCUUAGCCUUUCAUGUGCUCUCUAGCAGAGUUGGCUUUAAAAUUUAGGAAGGGAAAGGUCUCCAGGUUGCAAGGAGAGAAAGCCAGGAUGAGCAAGAUGUUGACUAACAGGGAGGGCUGUGACCUCCUGAGUUACAAACUGAUCCAUAAAUGGCUCCCUGUGCUCUGGACAGCCCUUUUCUUCCUUGAUUUGACUGCUUCAGCAGAAGAAAAUAAAGAAGAAAAAAGAUUUUUUCUCCAUGAUUCAGACUAGAGAGGGAUGAAACCCAAGCCUUGCCCAACGAUGAUGUUACCUUGGCAAAGACAGCUGCACACCCUCACAGCACAAAUGGAAUUUUCUGCAUGAGUGCUUGCAGUGGGCUAGGCUGGAGGAAUCACAAACAAGCCUCAGGAAUUAUCAAAGGGGAAAACAAAUCUCCAAACCCCACACCAUGUUAACUGUGAACUCUCAAGCAUCUGAAGGAUGGGCUCUGGGGAGCUGCACUGCUUCUUCUCCUUGAUUUCAGAGUCACUCAUUAAUCACCUGCAGCCCCUCCAGAGCCCUGCUCAUAGUGCACCUGCUAGAUAGGUGUGGGCUGUAGUUGCUUUAUGGUUAUUUUGCACUGCUUUAUAUUUUAGUCCCUAUGUAUUAACUAGAGCUGGUCAUAGCAGAGAAGAAACUACUGGGAAAGAAUUAUGAUGAGCCCCAGGAAGCUCAUUGGGUUGGUUUUUCAUCAAACACUAUUAGCUCUGUCAAGUAAUCAAUCAGCUCUUGUGGAAAUAAAUUAUUGAUGAGGCAAAGGUAAAGAAGGUGCAGAGAGUGUGUGUGGCUCUGCUCUUGAUGGCCUCAGCUGGAGAUGUGGAGGGUGAGAAAACAGCAUUGAAAAACCUUCACUUGGGAGCUUUGAAAUGCAGGAACAAAGCCUGUGCUCUGUGUUUUGAAUGGGAUGGAAGGGACUGAUGGAUGUUUGGGCAGCUGUUUCCAAUGUUAAUGAGUGAAAGAUUUUAUCCUCCUUAUAGUAAAUGUAACAAGCAAAAGUAUUGCCUGAAAAGUAUUAUUGAACAUAUUCUAUUUUAUUUACUAAUAUUUUGUUUGUCCUUCUCUCACCUCCCUUAAUUUAAUUAUUGUUCUCUUCUUCCAAACCAUGUAUAUAGUAGCAACAAAUAUAGUCAUUCAUUUAUAUGGUAAAAUUUGUAACAUUUUAGUCCAAAGGGGAAGAAAUACCCAGAUGUAACAGAGUUAAUAUUGUACUAAACAUUUCACUAAUGCUUGCAGGCCAGGCUCAGUUUACAGUGGCCCAGCAGUGCCAUGGCACAGCAGCUCUCUUGGCUGGGAGUGUCUCUGCCUCUCACUUCUUCUCCAAGUUAUUUAGUUUCAGUUAGGAAACAGGAAUCUGGAGGAAUUUGGCAGGUUUAUCUCAUUCCUGGAAGCUCCUGUUAAAGGUGAGGGAUUUCCACUGGCUGGGUUGUAAUUGGAGGCUGGUGGAUUGGCUAGAGGAUCAGAAGGGGUAAAUGGUUUAAAUGAUGUGAUGUUUAUUAUUUUUUCAGACUUCUCAGGGAUUCUUACUCGACUCCUGUCUGCCAGCUGCUUCCUCUGACCUGAGCUCAGUGGGAUCUGUGCUAACAUGUACCUUUAUUUCCUUUGAUGGUGCUCACUCCUUCUGGUUCUGUGCUUCUGGAGACCCAGGGCAAAGGAGCUCAGAGCUCUCCAUGGAAUUGGGUUGUCUCUUCUCCAACAAUCACCUCCCACUUGGUGUCCAAGUGCCUUCCCCUGCAUGUUCUUGUUCAGGCUGGUGGUUGUAACAACCUCCUCUUUUCUCUGCUUUUCAUCUGUUUCUUGCAAUUUGCUCUCCCAGUCUCUUUGGGUUGCUUUGCUCUGCCUUUUCCAUAAGGUCAGGUGUAGGAUCAUUUCACUGCUGUUUAUCCUGUGCUUGCAGAGGCUGAACUAGAUAAUCUAAAGUGAGAUUUUCACAUUAAAUCCUCAAUAUAUAGCCAAGGAAAACCAGUUUGUAUUAGUUUGUCAGGAAGUCUCUUUGUGUCCUUCCCUGAAUGGGAGAAGCUUUUUAAUCUACUGAUUUUUCAAUAUUGGUGUCUGGAGCAAAAUGAAGGUUGGUGACUGUGUGAAUCUGAUCCUUCCCAGAGUCCUUUCCUCAAACAAUGAGGUUUCUGUAAAGUUCUCCCAAGUUAUCCCCACAAGAAGGGGAUCCCCAGCAAGAUGCAUCCCAAGUAUCUGCUUGGGAUACCAAGGAUGUCAGAUAAAACUCAGAGUCUGGGUAAUGAUGUCAAACAAACCCCCUGACUGCUGCAGUGAGCACAGCUCUGGGCUGCAGAUCCCUAAAUCCCAAGGGGACAGACCAGGAAUCAUUUGCAAGGAAAUCUACAGAGCCAGAUAAGCAUUAUCAGGUUUCCCUGAACACAGGAAUUGCUCAGGACCUGUAUCAUACUCACAGACCAGCCUAGAGGUUUUUUCCUUAUCAUACAGUGAAUGAAAAAACACAAAAGGCAGCAAUAAUUCAUUUUUUCCUCUCUGAAAUAAAAUGGCCAAAUGCUGGGAUCCAUUUUCCUGGGUUUUUACCACAUCAUGAACAGAAAGAACUUUGCCAAAGUCAUGGCACCAGCACCAUAAAAUUCAGGGAGGAGUUUGGGAUUUGGCCCUCUCAGGAGUCAGGCAGUGUGCAGGGGCUGUGGAGAUGUUGAGCCCAAGCACUGGGUGGUUUGUUUGACAUUGUUAUUUCCAGUUUUGGGAACAAAGAAUGGAAAACUUGCAGGCCUGGGUCAGUUGGGAGCACAAGGGCUGCAGGGAGAGCAAUGUGGGAUGCACUGAGCACUGGCCUGUUCUGGUAGCACUCAUUUCAUUUUUCCUUAGACCUUGAGUUGUCAAAGCAGCCACUGAAAACUGGGAAAAAAACAAUUAACUUGGGACCUACAGAAAUAAACUAAGGAAAACUGGGAAAAGCCAGGAACUUGGGACUUGCAGAAAUAAACCAAGUGCCAUGUUCAAACCACCAAGGAAUGUUUGUCUGCCUGUUCCUGUCUGUCUGAGGAAUGUAUGCACUGAAAACAAGCUUUCUUAUGUAGUCCAAAAUUGUACUGUAUCUAUUAACCAAAAAAAAUAAAAAGAUUCUAUAUUUAUACA